AUGGAUUCAUUAACACAAGGGUUUUGUGCGAGUGCGCUGAUGGGAUCAAUUCCAAAUGGUGGAGAAGAGAGUUGGUCCUCGCUCUGGCCUUCUCCCACUCUCCAGGUGGUGGAUAUUCAACGUUAUCCAAAAGUUAUUACGCAACCUUCUGUAAUUUCACGAUUUUAUGUCGCCUUAUCCGAUUCUGCCUCAUUAAUUUGGCUUAUUGCACCUCCUGGGAGCGAAAUGGAAGAGUUAAUCCAUACCUUCCAAAUUGAAGUAGGUUCUUGUAUUACACUAAAGGCAUACACUGUCAUUUCAGCAAAAAAUGGUUUAAAUGUUUUAGUUCCGAUUUCUAUAAGUUAUUCUGAUACCGUACUUUCACUCUUGGGUAACCCUGUUUUCGAUCCUUCUCUGUUUGAAUUAUCAAGUGCAGCUCUUACAAAACAACGAAACGUUCUUAAAAUGGAGACUUUACAAACAACAAGAGAUUAUACUACUUUGUCCUUGCGUGAAAUUCUUGAAGUAAGAGGAGAAAGUUUAAGAGAUUAUGCUAUUGUGGUUAGAAUAAUAUGGAAAGGUAAAAAUCGAUCUCUUGCAUCAGGUAAUUUAAUAGAUCGUUUUAUAUUUAAUUCUGUAGGAGUAGAUAAGAAUGGUGACUCAAUAUUGAUGUCUUUUAUUGGUAGUUCUGCAUUAUAUGAGACUUUAUCAUUAGAAAAUUGUGUACAUGCAGUAGGUGGAAGUUUAUUUUUUGGAGAUAAUGAAAAGAAAAUGCUGCGUUUACAAUUUGAUGAACGUUUUUCUUCUGUAGUAAAUAAUAUAGAGAUGGAAGAUGUGAUUCCAAAAUAUCCUUUUCAAAUGUUUGGUACAAGAACAGUACAAGAUGUUGUGAAACAUGGAAAUGUUGGUGAUGUGGUUUCAGUGGAGGGUUUUGUGAUAAAAGUGUCUCCAGGUACACUUGUGCAUACGAAACGAGGACAAGUGGAACGUUCUGGAAUUAUGUUGUGUGAUUCAUCCACACCGUCUUCUUCAUCAUGUGUUAUUGAAAUUACUCUUUGGGAGGAUAUUUCACGAAGUGUGAAACCUGCGGUUGGUGAACGUUGGUGUUUUUGUGAAUUUGUUGUUUCUGGUUUUAUGCAACGAAUAUCACUCUCUAGUAGAUCUAUGAGUAUCGCCUUUAAGAUGCAGAAGGAAGUUGGACCGAAGAGAUUGGAAUUAUGUCAAGAAGUAAAGAAACAAGAAGAGACAGAAACUUGCAGUCAUUCAGCAGAGAGAGACUCUGUUCAGGUGGUGCUGGCACUGGAAGAGGCAUCAGAUACAUUGCCUGUUUUGGCUAAAGUACAACGUGUGAUACUUCCAAUCACGUAUUCGGCGUGUCGUGGUUGCACUCGGCAAGUCUCUAGUGGAGAUGUGCGGUGUGCGGUGUGUGGUGAGUCUGAGAGAGUGGAGCGCUAUUUAGUGCGAUUGGAGUUGUCUGAUGGUAUUCGUGUGGUGUACGCUGUUGGGUUUGCCCAAAUUGGAGAGACGUUGUUUGGAAUGGAUGCUGCCACAAUGUUGAUGCGACAGCAGGAGUCACCUGCAUUUGUACAUACACUUGUACGUGAACUUGUUGGCAUUCCGCUUCUUUUUUGGCUUCUACACUCCUCGGAUGGACUUUUGCAUGUUGUGAAGUGUAAAUACAUUAGCAUGGCUCAUUCCACAGCCAUCGUGCUUGGGGCGGUCACACAGUUAAUGUUGAUGAACUAA